AUGGGCAAAAGCGUUGCUGAGGCGCUCGCGCGCGUCGACGCAGGCUCUCUAGCCGACAUAUUCGAAGAUCGCCCCGGGCGUGUCCAACAGCCUGUAAUGCAAUGUGUGCAGAUCAAACCGAUUGCCGCCCAACCAGGAGGGCAGGAACGUCACCGCGUGAUCUUUAGUGACACCAAGAACUACAUUCAGACUAUGCUGGCCGUGCAUCAAAACCAUCUUGUGGAAGAAAAGAUCCUGCGGAGAGGAGUGCUUGUUCAACUGGUUGGCUAUUCUGCAAACAAGGUCAAGGCAAAACGCAUCCUGAUUGUCACCGAGAUCAAAGUCCUCGAAGAGUACGGCGAACAUGAGAAACUCGGCGAACCCAAACAAUUGGAAUUGAAGGCCGAAGAAGAUGAAAAGCCUUCCCCAACCACUAUCACCAGCAACGGAUUCUAUGGAAACAAGCAAGAGCAGCCCAAACCGAACCGAUCGGUGUCGAGUCACGCAAAGCCCACUUCGUCUGCGAGCGCUCAUGCCAACAUCUACCCGAUCGAAGCGAUCUCACCAUACUCGAACAAAUGGACGAUCAAAGCACGCUGCACGAGCAAGUCGGAAAUCAAGACAUGGCAUAACCGGAACGGCGAAGGCCGGCUGUUUAGUGUCAAUCUGUUGGACGAAAGUGGCGAGAUCCGGGCCACGGGGUUCAAUGACCAGUGUGACCAGCUGUAUGAUGUGUUUCAAGAAGGCAACGUUUAUUACAUCUCCAGUCCAUGUCGAGUGACGUUCGCGAAGAAACAAUUCUCGAAUCUGGCAAACGAUUAUGAACUACACUUUGAGAAAGACACGGUCGUCGAAAAGGCUGAAGAGCAGGAUGGAGUUCCUCAAGUUCGUUACAAUUUCGUCAGCAUCUCAGAGCUGCAAACCAUUGACAAAGAUACCACGAUCGACAUUAUUGGUGUCCUCAAAGAAGUCGGCGAGGUCGGCCAAGCGACAUCCAAGACCACCGGCAAGCCAUAUGAGAAGCGAGAACUUACUCUGGUGGACGAUACGGGGUACUCUGUGCGAAUGACCAUAUGGGGCAAGACCGCCGCCUCCUUUGACAUCCCGCCUGAAUCGGUGGUUGCUUUCAAAGGCGUCAAGGUGUCGGAUUUUGGUGGACGAAGUUUGAGUCUUUUGAGCUCUGGCUCCAUCAGUGCGAACCCCGACAUGCCCGAGGCACAUAAGCUGAAGGGCUGGUAUGAUUCUCAAGGUCGGUCCGGCAACUUCGCCACGCAUGCCAAUGUCCAAGGGGGUGUCGGCGAAGGUGGCUCUCGCAAAGAUCCAUUCAAGACUAUUUCCCAGGUGAAAGAAGAGCAACUGGGGAUGUCUGAGAAUCCCGACUUCUUCUCUGUCAAGGCCUCCAUCCAAUACAUCAAACAAGACAACUUCUGUUACCCGGCUUGUCUGUCAGAGGGAUGCAACAAGAAGGUUGUGGAGAUCGACCCAGGCCAAUGGCGCUGUGAGCGAUGCGACAAGAAUCAUCCCAAGCCAGAAUACCGGUACAUCAUGUCCGUGAACAUCAGUGAUCACACCGGCCAGCUUUGGGUCAGCUGCUUCGACGAGACUGGACGGAUGAUCAUUGGCAAGACUGCAGACGAACUGAUGGAGAUGAAAGAGGUGGACGAGAAGCAAGUGGCCGAGAUCUUCUCGGAUGCGAAUUGUCAGACCUGGAAUUGGAGGUGCAAGGCGAGACUCGAUACUUUCCAAGAGCAGCAACGGGUGCGAUAUCAAGUCAACUCGGCUACUCCAUUGAACUUUGUGACGGAGUCUCACAAGUUGAUUGAGCUGAUCAAACAAUACAACAUUGACUAG